GUGUCACUUCCGGUUUUGAUUUUCUGUAGUCAGUCAGCUCCGUUCUGGAGCAUCUUUUGCCGCUGUGCAAAAAAUUGCACAGUUUACCUUCAAAACAUCUUUUUUUUCGUGUCAGACUGAUGGAAAUUUUUAGUAAACACGGCCUACGUUUCCAAAGAAUUGAUGUUCCACAACAACAAAUCCGUAAGAUUGAAGAGGAUAAAUGGCAGCUCUGUAACCAGAGGAGGAACUGUCCAGAACCUCCUCAGAUCAAAGAAGAGCAGGAGGAACUGUGCGAUGUUUCACAGCUGCAUGGCUGUAAGGAGGAAGAUGAGGAGAGGAGCUCCAGUCUAGAUGAGGAUGAAACAGAGCCUCCACAUAUCAAAGAGGAAGAGGAGGAACUCUGCUGCAGCCAGGAUGAAGAGGAGCUGAUACUGAAGCAGGAGAUCAAAUCUGAGUGUGAUGAAAUAUUUGUAAUCCAGUAUGAAGAUCUCUCAGAGAAACACAUUUGUAAGGAGGAGACUGAUGAUGAGGAGCUUCUCUGGAAGCAGGAGAGGAGCUCCAGUCCAGAUGAGGAGGAACCAGAGCUUCCACAGAUCAAAGAUGAGCAGGAGGAGAGCAGCAUCAGUGAAGAAGGAGAGCAGCUUGAACUGAAGGAGGAAACUGAUGCUUUCAUGGUCACCGAGUAUGAUCAGGAAAAGAUGGACUCCAAACCAAAUGCUCCACAACUGCAUGUUUGUAAGGAAGAGGAAGAAUGGAAUUCCAAUCUUAUUCAAGAGGAACCAGAAUCUCCACGGAUUAAAGAGGAGGAGGAGGAACUCUGCUGCAGCCAGGAGGAAAAGCAGCUGUUACUGAAGCAGGAGAUCAAACCUGAGUGUGAAGAAAUAUUUGUAAUCCAGUUUGAAGAUCUCUCAGAGGACAACAUUUGUAAGGAGGAGACUGAUGAUGAGCAGCGUCUCUGGAAGCAGGAGAGGAGCUCCAGUCCAGAUGAGGAGAAACCAGAGCUUCCACAGAUCAAAGAGGAGCAGGAGAAGGUCUGCAUCAUUAAGGAAGAGGAGCAGCUUGAACUGAAGCAGGAAACUGAUGCUUUCAUGGUCACUGAGCAUGAUCAGGAAAAGAUUAACUCCAAACCAGAACCAAGUGAGAGUCCAGUUCUGGAAGAAAACACUCAGAUCAGUGAUGCUGUGACCGUCCAGCCAGACUCUCCUUCACAUGAGAGCUCCCAUUGCUGUGAAACGUGUGGAAAAGUUUUUACCCGACGUUGUAGUUUACUCAUUCACAUGAGAAUACACACAGGUGAAAGGCCUUACUCAUGUGAAAUAUGUGGAAGGAGCUACGUUCAAAGAAGUGAUCUGACUAUUCACAUGAGGAAACACACAGGUGAGAGGCCUUUUACCUGUGAAAUGUGUGGAAAAGGCUUUUCUCAAAAUAGUUCUCUCACUAUUCACAUGAGAACUCACACCGAUGAGCGUCCACAUUCCUGCAAAACAUGUGGAAAAGUUUUUACCCGACGCGGUAGUUUACUCAUUCACAUGAGAAUACACACAAGCGAAAGGCCUUACUCAUGUGAAAUAUGUGGAAGGAGUUGCGUUCAAAGAAGUGAUCUGACUGUUCACAUGAGGAAACACACAGGUGAGAGGCCUUUUACCUGUGAAAUGUGUGGAAAAGGCUUUUCUCAAAAUAGUUCUCUCACUAUUCACAUGAGAACUCACACCGGUGAGCGUCCAUAUUCCUGCAAAACAUGUGGAAAAGGUUUCACCGCAUCUCACAAGUUAACAGUGCAUGUUAGAACUCACACAGGAGAACGUCCAUUUUCCUGCUCAGUGUGUGGGAAGGGUUUUAUGGAUAGUCAUAGUUUGACCGUUCACAUGUGCACUCACACAGAUGACAGGCCACAUUCCUGUAAAAUAUGCAGGAAGGGUUUCAUCCGAAAAAGUUAUCUGACUGACCACAUGAAAACACACACCUCUGAUUGGCCACAUUUCUGCAAAACAUGUGGAAAAGGUUUCAGUACGUCUGCCAAAUUAACUGUUCACACAAGAAGCCACACCGGUGAGAGGCCCUUUUCAUGUGAGAUCUGUGAAAAAAGUUUCAGCUGCGCGCGAGGCCUGGGCGAUCACAUGAAGACUCACAAAACCGAGAGGCCUUUUUCAUGUAAAACAUGCGGAAAGGGUUUCAAUCGGAGGAUUUAUUUGACUGACCACAUCAGAACUCAUACAGGGGAGAAGCCUUUUUCAUGUGACCUAUGCCAAAAAUCUUUCAGCAACCGUAGCAGUCUGACCCACCACCUGAACACCCACACAGGCGUAAGGCGGCAUUCUUGUCCAGUAUGUAGCAAAAGUUACUUGGUGGCUUCUGCCCUGACUGUUCACAUGAGAACCCACACAGGUGAGAAGCCCUUUUCCUGUCAUCUGUGUAACAAGAGUUUCAUCCAAAGUAGUGCUUUCAAAAAUCACAUGAGAACUCACACAGAGAAGGUGGUUUCUACUUGAAUAUGCGGACAAAAAUUCAAUCUAAAUUGUUGAUUGGAGGCUGAUGGUGAAACUCACACAGGUAAGAAGCUGUGGAUUAAUUAAAAAAUACAAUUUUUAUCAUUUGCGCUUCAACUGCAGAUAUAUUUACACAGAAGUAGAAAUAGUAACACAAAACUACAGAGUGUAUAUUAAAUGUUCUGUAAAGAUCUGCUGUGGUGCAGAGGUAGAGCGGUCCACCUCUGUCUUUCCCAACCAUGUGUCGAAGUGUUGCUCCUGGUCUUUAAAGGUUGGCACCAUGUACAGUAACAGAGCCUUCAUCCAUCCAUAUGUGUGUGCAAAGAUGAUUGUGACUGUGAUGUUUAUAAUGGAUACCAAAAGGAGGAAAAGGAUAAGAUGCACCAGUGUCAUAUUUAUAGAAAAAUCCCAUGUUUGGUUUACUUGCAUUUUAGUUAGAGUAAAUCUGCUACAGCAGCAGAACCUUCUUUGAUACAGGAAUUACUUUAUUUUUAAAUGAACUUGUAUGUGCUGCUGUCAAAAAUAAAAGAAGUUUAAAAUGUUA